UUCCGGCCCCGGCGCUGCGCGGGCGGUGUGGCCGCUGCGCUCCCGCCGCUGUCCCCGGCCCGGCUCGGCCCGGCCCGGCGUCCCCGCCCCGGCUCCGCCUCAUGCAGCGCCGCGACGACCCCGCCGGCCGCCUGUCUCGAGGACAGGGUCCCGGUGGGCGCGCGCCGCCGUCGCGCCGAGCGCCCCGUGGCGGAGGGGCCCGCGGGGCCGCCAGCGGGACGCAGCCGCCGCCCGGUGGGGCCGCGACCGGCGGGGCCUCAGGGCCGGGGGGCUCCGGUGGCUCGAUGGUUGGCGGCAAGAUGGAGCCCGAGAACAAGUACCUGCCCGAGCUGAUGGCCGAGAAGGACAGCCUGGACCCGUCCUUCACGCACGCCAUGCAGCUCCUCACCGCAGAAAUUGAAAAAAUUCAGAAGGGUGAGACAACAAAGAAGGAUGAGGAAGAGAACUACCUGGAUUUAUUUUCCCACAAGAAUAUGAAACUGAAAGAACGAGUUCUGAUCCCUGUCAAACAGUACCCCAAGUUCAACUUUGUUGGGAAGAUUUUGGGACCCCAAGGCAACACCAUUAAGAGACUUCAGGAAGAAACUGGUGCUAAAAUCUCUGUGCUGGGGAAAGGUUCAAUGAGAGAUAAAGCCAAGGAGGAAGAGCUUCGUAAAGGGGGGGAUCCCAAAUACGCCCAUCUCAACAUGGAUUUGCACGUUUUCAUCGAGGUUUUUGGGCCCCCCUGCGAGGCCUAUGCCCUCAUGGCCCAUGCCAUGGAGGAGGUCAAGAAAUUCCUGGUCCCAGAUAUGAUGGAUGACAUCUGCCAGGAGCAGUUCCUGGAGCUCUCCUAUCUCAACGGGGUCCCGGAGCCCAACCGCGGCCGAGGCGUCCCCGGGCGGGGCCGGGGGGCAGCCCCACCUCCCCCUCCACCUGUUCCGAGGGGCCGUGGGGUUGGUCCUCCCCCUCCUCCUCCUCCUCCUCCCCCUCCUCGGGGUGCCCUGGUGCGAGGAGCCCCCGUGCGCGGGGCCAUGGCCCGGGGGGCCACGCUGGCCCGGGGGGUGCCCCCUCCCCCGGCGGUGCGGGGCACUCCUGCCCCCCGGGCACGGGCAGCUGGAAUCCAGAGGAUACCCCUGCCCCCUCCCCCCGUGCCAGAGACCUACGAGGAAUAUGGCUACGAUGACACAUAUGCAGACCAGAGCUACGAGGGAUACGAGGGCUACUACAGCAGGGCCAAGGGUGAGGAUACAGAAUAUUAUGAUUAUGGACAUGGGGAGGCACAGGAAACCUAUGAAGCUUAUGGCCAAGAUGACUGGAAUGGAACCCGGCCCUCCCUGAAAGCCCCUCCAGCCAGGCCAGUUAAGGGGGGCUACAGAGAGCACCCCUAUGGACGCUACUAAAACACAAAAAAUGAGGGAAAAAAUCCCCAUUUAGGAGCAAACAGUUGUUACUGGUUCUUGUAUCUCCCAGGAUUCCUGUUGCUUUACCCACAGCAGACAAGUAAUUGUCUCCCUGUUUUUCUUCCUGGCCCUUUUUUUCCUCCCACUCCAUCCUCACCCUGCAUUUUGGCUUCUGUAUGUAGUGACUUCUCGAGAUGAAUUUAAAUAGAUUUAGAGGAAAACUUUUUAAUUUUUAUUAUUAUUAUUAUUAUUUUUUUUUUCCUUCUUCUUCUUCAGUGUGUAGAUGGCUUUUCUUUCUUUGUCAUUUUAGGUUAAAAAAAAAAAUGUAACUUUUUUAAGGAAAACAAACAAACAAAAAAAAAAACUAAAAAAAAAAAGUUUAAAAAUGUUAGUUUCCAAAGUGACAUGCUUUGCUUAGUUCUGAACUUAAGGUUUUGUUAAAACUUUUAAAGUUUGUUUUAAAGGAACCCAUAAAGGUUGUAGUUGCAGAAUCCCAAAGUAGGCUACAUUUCAAAAUUCAGGGUUAUUUUUUUAAGAAUUAAAAUCAUAAUGUUACAGUAGUGGCUGCCACCAUUUAAAAAAACAAAAAAUAACUUCAGAUGCCAAACCUUUAAAAGGAGAUUGCUGGUGAAUCUUGAAGUUUAAAUUUUAACCUAAAGGAUCCUCCAAACAAAUUAAAUAGCAUUUUCUAAAGAGAAUUGACUUAAAAGGAAAAAUUAGGUUGGUAAAAAAAAUUGACUUUUCUUAUGUGGAUUUUGAAAUCUAGCCCCCAUGCAGUGUUGAGAUAUGCUUGGGAAUAUUUUUCCAGUGGAGAGGGGUUUUAGUUUGGUUCUAAAGGAAUAAUUUUUAAAGGAAAAAAAAACCAAAAUAUGGCUCUAAUUGCCCAGUGUUUGAUAGAAAUAAUAUUCCAUGGGUAGGCCUGUAAAAUUCUCUUCUUUUUUGUAGCACUUUGGGGCAGAAAAUCUGAUGAAAAUCUCAAACUUGCCCUGAAAAAAAAUCUCAAUUUUAAGAAGUCCCAGCCACUUGUUCAAGUGUAUCUCAGCACGAGCUUCUCAUAAAAAGGGACACUGCAGCUGUAAAAAAAAAAAUCAAAACCAAAAACAAAACAACAGACAAAAAACAAUCCCAAAUUUCACUUUGUACAUAAGAUAAAGUCCUAAUUGGAUUUGUUACACUGUCCUCCCACUCUGUUCUGGAAGAGAAAAAUGCUACAUUUUGUGUAAAGUCUGCCUAACUAGGUAGCUCAAAACGUGUCAAAAUGUCUGUCUCAAUCUGUCAAUAAAGUUUAGUCCUUUUUUAAUCAAA